AUGUAAUAAAGAGAAUAAAGAUAGUCUUAAAGAGCAUUUUCAUCUAAUUCUCCUACAAUGUGUAGUACUUAUGCAUCAGCAAUGAAGAAUAUGUAGGAUAAAUUAAGAAAUAAUACAUAUAGAAAAUCAGUUGAUUUAUCACCUUAAGAUAUAAUAAAUGAAUAACUUAAACAAUAAGUGAGUGAAUUAUCAAGUGAAAAUGAUCGUCUUUAAAUGUAAUUGAUGAAAGUUUCUUAGGAAAUAGAAAUGAACAAUAGAGCUUCUUAAUAAAUAGAGUUGUUAUAAGUUGAAAGAUUAUAACAUUUAAAAGAUUAUUAAGACAGAGUGUCUGAAUUGAUAAGAAAGAAUGAAGAACUUAAACAUGAUAAACAUGAAAUUCAAAUGUAAUUCGAAAGUCUUUAGAGAUAAUUAUAAGCUUAUAAGAAUAAUGAGAAAGGGUUGUUACAUAAAGUUGAAAUGAAGAAGUUUGAAGAAAAUACAAUACUAUUAAAUACUAUCUCUGAAUAUAAGCAAAAAAUAGAUAUUAAGGAUAAUGUUAUAAAGAAAUUGGAAAAAAAGGUGGAAUUCUUGGAUAUGGAGAAAUAAAGGUUAGAUUAAGAAUUCGAAAAUUAUAAAUAAAAGCAUCCAUCAUUUAGAAUACAUGAAUUUGAAAAAUAAAUAUCGAAUCUAAAAUAUUAAUUAGAUGAGAAAGAUAGAGUUUACUUAAAAAAUAUUGAUGAAGCUCAAUCAAAUAGAAUAUGUAGAGAAGAAUAAAUGUCUAAAAGAAUAUAAGAAUUGAUAUUAAAGAGUACCGAAUAUCAAGACAUAAUUUAAAAAUUGACUAUGGAUUAUAAGGAUUUAAACGUUAAAUAUUAAACAAUCAAAAUUAAAUUAGAAUAGGAGGAGAAAACUCAUAAAUAUUUAAAAAGAAGAAUAUCUAGAUAAGAAGAAACUGAAUUUAAUUAAGGAUACCGAGAAUAGAGAACAAUUAGUAAAUUAAAUUUAGAUUAAAUUUCCCCAACUCUUCCAAGUCCUAGAGCUGAAUAAAGUUUAAGAUAGAGUUAAUUAAAAUAAGCAAUAAGGGAUUGCUUAGAAGAUAUGAAGAAUCCAACAAAUAGUCCUGAUAAGAAGAUUGAACCCAGAAAAAGAUUAAUAUCACCUUUAUCACCUUAACAGCAUUCGGAAAUUGAGGCAAAGUUAAAAACAUUAAAUGAUAAAUAUGAAAAUUUAAUUCGCUAAGCACAAAAUGAAAAUGAUUUUAAAAAUAAAGCGGUUAUCAGAAAGUAAUUGUUAGAGAUUGCUGAAUAAAUAAAAGAAGUCACUAAAUUUGAAAAAAUAAUUUGA